AUGGCACUCUAACCAUGCAAAAUAUUAUCUUUGAUUUCUCCCAAUUAAUUUUUAAUACAAACAUAAUAAUAAAAGACAAUCGUAGUUGGAAAUGGAAUUCCUAAUUUUUUAAUGAGAAACAAAUUAAAUAUUAAUCAAAAGGCUAUAGAUAUAUACUUUCAAUAAUUUAAAUUUAUUAAUAAGGAAGCAUCGUACAUCCCAAAAACUAACUAAUUACAAAUUAAUGGAGCAGAAUUAUAAGAAGAAAUUCCAGAUGAAACAGAAAUUCAUUUAAAACUAAUUGGGGUUUAAAAUGAGGAACCAAAAUAAACACAACCAGUUCUAGAUUUUAUUAAAUAAUAUAGGAAUAAAUCUUUAAAUGCAAUCCUAGUCUCUUUUGAAGAAAACAUAUUAAAUUUCCUAUAUAAUAAUGAUACAUUAAUUAGUUUAAUUCCUAGUGCUAUUUAUAUUGAUGGUAUUCAUUAUAAUUUAUAAAAGAAUUUGCAAUUUAAGAUUAAGGAUACUCUAAACUUAUGUAGAAAGAAUGGCUUAAUAAAGAGUUUAAUAUAACUUUUAAAGGUACAUAAAUUAUGACCAUAAAUUAUUAAAAAAAUUUCAUUCAUUUUCCAAUUUUAAAAGCUGAUUUAUAUCCUACAAGUUAAAAAAGUAAUGAAUUAAACAAUGAAUUCUACUCUUCAUUAAUUUCAAAUGGAUAUGCAUUUAUUACUGAUUGGGGGUAUUCUUAUUUAUAAAUGUUAGAAAAUUGAAUUUAUCACAAAAUUCUUUUUAAUUAUUGUUUAAUAAUUAAGAGGAAGCUAAAAAAAAUAAUUUAGGACUUUGGAAGAAUGGAGAAUUAGACAGAAGAAUGCUCAAUUCAGUUAGUUCUUAAAUUAUAGGAUAAAUUGUUGAAAUUAUAGAGGCCAAUUAAUAUUUAAUAAAAACAGAUAAGGAAAUAUUGACAAUAAAAUUAGAUAGAAUUUUCAUUGAAGGAUUAGAGGCUAAAGAAUAUGCUAGAAAAUUAUUAAUAGGAAAAUAAGUUCAUAUUCUAUAAGUAGGAGAUAAUAUGCCAUUAUAAACUAUACAACUUUGUGAUAAUAAUUUAGAUAUUGAAGAAGAACUUAUAGUGAAUGGAUGGGCAACAGCUAAAGAGAAUCAUCCUUAAUUAUCAAAAUUUAAAUAUUAACAAUUUUAAUAAAUGAAUCUUUUAGCUAAAUAAAAGAAAAUAGGAUAAUAUAGUUCAGAAUUGACUUGGAGAAUUGAAGAUUAAACAGAUUAAAAGUAAGGAAAAAGUGUAAAUGAAAUAAUUUGGUCUAGUAUUUAGAGAGAUAAAUAAAGUUUAAAAUAAUCAGCUAUGAAUACUGGUAUUACAAUAAAAGAUGAUACUUAACUUGAAGUAUUGAUAGAUAAAAUAUUACCUAAUGGACAAUUUGUUAUAACUAUUUUAAAGUAUCAUUCAAUGGUUAACUUUACCAUAUAAGGAAUAGCCAAGUUAUCAGAAUUUGCUACAAGUUUCCCAAAUGUUAUCAAAUAUGAAGAGUAAAGAUAAUAGUUUAGUUAUAAAAUUUUAAUGUAAAGAAAUGCUUGGAUUAAUUUUGAAAGUUUUAAUAUUUUAGAGAAUAUGUUUUAUGGAAAGAUCUAUGAGAAGAAAAAUAAUAAAGAAUCUGAUUUUACUUUAUAAUUACUUAAGUAAGGUUUAACAUUUAUCAAAAAUAAUACUGAUUAUUAUAGUAAAUAUGAAGAAGCAUAGAAAGAGGCAGAAAAACUUAAAAAAGGAUUUUGGAAUGAAUCUUAUGCUUAAUUCAUAAUAGACUUUUCAUAAAAUAAAUAAACUUUAAAAAAAUAAAUAAGUAAUUAGGGAAAUAUAUAUAAAAAUGAAAAUUAACAAAUUUAAAAAGUUAUAGUUACUGCUGUUAAUGAUUGCAAUGAAUUUUAUCUUAGAACAGAAAUUAAUCCUGAAUUUGAAGAAUUAGAAAUUCAAAUUGAAAAUGCUGCAUUGAUUGUAAAUUUAUAUAUCUAUAUUUUUAGCCUCUUAAGAAACCAGUUAAGAAAGGAACUUUAUGUUUAGCAAGAUUUUCUGAAGAUAAUAGAAUUUACAGAGCUUAAGUAUUAUAAGCAUUUAAGAAUGAUAAAUUUUUAAUUAAAUUUAUAGAUUAUGGAAAUAAUGAUGAAGUCAGUUAUUAAGAUAUGGGAGUAUUACCAGCUUAAUUUACAAAUGUUCCUUAAUAGGCAAAAUUAUGUUCUUUAGCUUAUUUGAGAUUUCCUCCAUCAUCACAUGAAUUUGCAGAAGAGGCAUCUGAUAUACUUAGAGAAUUGUUACUUGAUUAAUAAUUUGAUUCUAAAAUUGCUUAUACAGAGAAAUCAUUCAAUAGAUAAUUUGUAACUCUUUAACCAUAAGAUAAACCAGAUGAAUUAUAAUUUACAAUUAAUAAAAUUGCUUUAGAAUAAGGGUAUAUAUAUUUAAUAUAAAAAUUAUUUAGAUUAGGAAGAAUAGAUAAUAGAGUUUUAUAUAAUCCUUUUAAAGAGUUCAAAAAUUAUGAAAUAGAAGCAAAAGCUAAUGGAAUAGGAAUUUGGGGAUUCGAUGAUUGUUUAGAUGAUGAAAAAUAAUUUGAAGAUGAAUUUGAUUAUUAUGAAUGA